CAGCUUGUGACUGACUAAACUAACUGUGAAACAGAAUUUUCCUGUGUUGGCUGCAUGAGAGUAACAAAGGAAAGCAAAGCUCAGGUAAUGGCAAGUGAUAAGAAUCACUGAGUAAAAGAAGACAAGAUGCCUGGCAGCGUGAUGUCAGUAUCCUGCCAUAAGCACUGUUUCCUUUUGGUUGGCGUUCUUGGUUUCUGUCUUAACAGUUUUGUGAGAGGUCAGAAGAACAACACUCUGAUUUUCACCAAGGAAAAUACAAUUCGCAACUGCAGCUGUUCUGCUGAUAUCCAUGACUGUGACUACAGCUUGGCAAACCUCAUGUGCAGUUGCAAAACCAUCUUGCCUUAUACAAUUGACAGAGCCAGCUACCACAGUGACCUAACAAUUUGGUUCACAGAUACAACCGUGCUUGGAAUGCUGUUGAACUUUACAGUGGUGCACUACCUGAAGCUUUCGCUCUGUGGCUCCACUCCUCUGCCAAGAGAAUACCUGGCCAUUUUGGGAUUGCGAAAGCUGCAAAUAAACAGUGAGGUUAAGGGCCAGUUUCUAGAGCAAAAUUUAACAAUCUACAAUAGCGGCGACAAUGAGAUGAGAGACAAACUGAAGGUGCUACACAAAAACAGGCAAAUGUUUUUGUAUAUUUCUGUCUUGGAUACAUCUCUCUUCAACAGGUAUUCUUUACUGAAGUCCUACAGUGUGGAAAAUGUCUCCAGCAUUACAGACCACUUUCCAAGUCUCCCAUAUUCUGAUAUAUUUUCAACUACUACUAACAAAAGCUACGUUGUAACAUUCAUUUACUGAGCCUUCUUCAACUUCAGCAGUACAGUAAGGGGGCACAUUAACCUGUCAAUAGAACAAGAUAUGGAACUUUUGCAAGUCUGUUGUGUUUGACCCAGAAAGAAAAGUAAGUGUGGGUCAGUUCUUACUGCACUCAAAAUGACACUACUCAAGUGUGGGGUUCAAAAUAGUUUGAACACAGAGAAUUAAUUCUGUAACCUGUUUCUUAGAAAACAGAGAAAAUGUGUAACAAUCAAUUUUAAAAGUGAUGUAACUAAGUUUUCAAAAUGACUUAAUUAUUGUAUGGUAAAGAUGGAAAUAUGUUGAUUGAUUUCAUUAUGAAAUGUGCAUUAGUUGGGCAUAUGAACAUGACAAUGUACCUUUGGGUAUAGAACUACCUAAUAAUAAUAACAACCCAUCUGGAAUGUGUUUUUACACAUUCUGCUAGAUAUAUAUUUUCCACAUAUUUACUAUAAGUAGUAUGAAUAGUAGUGAGUAUAUCUAGUUAUAUGUACUGAAUCUCUUAUCUUUUUACAUAAAAGUACAUGGACCUUUUUCAGUUAUAGUUUGAAAGCUCACACCAUUAUUUGCCUUGGAAAACCAUUAGGAUAGUGUAUGAUGAGCAAUUAUGUCUCCUUAUGAAGGCUGUUUAAUUACUCCAGUGUUGUCUUAAUUUGGUUCUCCAUUAACACAAAACUUGGAGGUAGACAGGCUUCAUAUUAAUUAAAGUAGUACUGUUGGCGGCACAGAUGCAGAAAUCGGACAGAACCUUUGGCACUGGUUCCAGCAGACCCUUUUAUAUAGGUUACCAAAGAUGAAUUGCCAGUGUCAUACUGUUUUCACAAGAAGGCUAGGUUAAUUAUAUCACAUAUAUAAAGUAUAAUAAGUAUCUAGAACAGCAGAUCUUUACAGUCUUGUAUUGCCAAUAAGGGAUAUCUAACAAAUCUUUCCCCCUUAGCUUGUGAUAACACCUGGGGGAGUGAUGGUGUUAAGGAACUGGGGAAUCUAUUAAUUUGUUUUCCCAUUUAAGAGAAAUCCUUUCUCAUAAAUAUAACCAAGAAUGAUGGCAGGGCCCCUGGACAAAGAACAGUAUUCAGCUUGUGUAAUUUGAAAAGAGAACAGGGGUGAUAGUGUUGUAAGUAGUCAGAAGAUAAGGAAAUCUUUCCCUGAGAGAGAUUUCAAAAAUACUCAAAACUUGGCGCAGUCUGGUACAUUCCAAAGCUGAGGGGGGGGGGGAAUGCUCUCUAGAAGUAUUUGUUAAUGUCUGAUACCAGUAGCUGAUAUCUCUGGCGGGCAUGAUUUAGCAGUUUCCAAAGCGAGGGUAAACUCACUCUGACCUCUAAUUUCUAUCUUUCUGAUCUAUAUAGGUUGUCAGACCAUACUCACUGUGAUGUUGCACUCUAUAUGAUUUUAUGAAAAUAUGCUAAUGUAACUGGAAACCUUCAUGCAAAAGGUUUCUUGUAAGGUAUCAUUACAAAACUUAUAAUC